AUGGCAUCACAAGGCGCACCAGGCGACUCCCGCCCCAUAACCCCAACGCCCUCACAACUCCCGCCCGUCCCCGCGUCGCCAGUCUACUCCCUCGCCUCGACCGCGAACCCCCUCUCCUCCUACCACCUGCCCCUCCCGCCACCACCGCAGCCCGUCCACGCCGUCCUCACAAAGUCCGACCUCGAGUCCUCCCAGACGGCCUACACCGAUCUCAUACAGUCCGCAAAGGCCUACCGCAUCGCCCUCGCCUCCCUCUCCACCGCCGCAUCCGCCUUCGGCUCCGCACUCGAGUCCUGCGCAAGACUAAAAGAAGCCCGCGCCGAGUCCCUAUCAGGCGGCAUAAACGGUCUCUCGGGAGGCGGAGGAGGCGGCGGCGGAGGCCUGUUAUCGGCGAGCUUCACCGCCGGCGGGCCAAAGGGCUCCUGCACCGCCGACCUGCUCCUCUCCGCCUCGGGCGUCCACCACCUCGUCGCAAACCACCAGCAGAUCCUCUCCGAGACCGUGUACCGCGACUUCGAGGUCCCCUUGCUCCACGAGCUCGAUCAAUGGCGACAGCGCGUCGACGACGAAGAGGAGGCCUACGUGCGCGAGGUGAAGGCCCGCAACGCCGAGAUCAGGAAGCUGGAAAAGGAAGGGCUGAAGCUGCAUAAGCAGCGCAGGCGGGACGUGGGCAAGUUCAGGGCGCACCUGGUGGACUUGACGACGAGGCUGGACGGGUUGACGUCCUUGCACGGGGAGCACGCGCGGACGCUGCUCAGGGAGAGCCAGGAUACCAGCGGCCGGAUCCUCGAGUCGUCGUGUAGUCUUGUGCGCGCCGAGGUCGACAUCUUUGAGUCGCUUGCGCGGAAAGGGUGGAGCGGCGGCGGGCUGGAUGAGUUAUUGGAAAAGGGCGCGGAUCUGUUUGCCAGCGACGAGGUCGGCGAUCACUCUGGGCUAGGCAGCGUUAUUGGCGGUGGUGUAGGCGGUGGCGGCGGGUCGGCGGAGACGGCGAAGCUGUUUAGCAUUCUUCCGCCCAAGAGUAUCCUCGCGGACGCGGCGUCGGACAUGACGAGGCGAGGCGGCCACGCGCGGGGCGAUAGUCUGCUGAGCGAUCCGGAGCGGUACCAGAGUCUUGCUGCUGCCGCGGGAGGGCCGUCGCCUGGUUUUGGUGGGGACGAUAACGAUACGGAUAGUAUCUUUUCCGAGACGAAUUUCAACCGGCCCAGGGGCGUGAGGCCGUUUUCGCCCCAGCCUAUCCGGCGGCACGCUACCGACGUUACGUUUGAUAGUUUGGGGGUCGGGUUGAGUGAGGAGUCGAGGGGCGAGGAGGAUAGGGUUGCAGAGGAUGAGGUGGAACAGAGGCAGCACGAUGUGCUCAAGGAGGAAGACGAGGGAGAGACUCUUGAGGAGAGGCCGAAUUGGGGCGACGAGCCGGUUGAUUCCAAGAAAGACACUGCCGAGCAGGACGCGCCGGAAGUCGCAGACGGGUCGGAGGAGAGAGGGCGGCCGGGGCGGCGGUGGAGUGUAAAUGAAGACGACGCCUAG